AAUACAAACAAAAACUUUUCAACUGAAAGAAAAAUUAAGUAAAUAAAGAAAAUAAACAACAAUAUGCAGAGGUCAUUUUCAAUAAUUGAUGAUGAUGACGAUGACGAAGUGUUUCCUUCUGAUGGCAAUAAGGUAAAAGAACAAGAUGAUUCUAAAAGUGCUUAUAAACUCGAUGACUCGGAUUUGUCUUUGUCUGAAGAGCAAAGUAUGAGUCCGAAACGUUCUGAAGAUUUUCAGAAAUUAAAAGAUUUGGAUUUGAGCCCAAGUCAAGAAGAAAUGGAACCGUUGACACAGGCUAAUUUUGCGAAGAAUCUUGAUCCACCAAGCCUCGGGAAUAUUUCUGGACGUCAGACAGCAGUACUAAAGAGAAGAACAUUAGCGGAACCAAAAAUAAGUCAUUUACUUAGCGAUAGUGAUGAUAGUGAAAACGACCAUAAGGACAAUAUGACCAUACCAGGAGAAUAUGACCCGAAAAUGUACGAAGAUUUAGAAGUAAAUGAUGAAAUUAAAGAAAUAUUUCAAUAUAUAUCCAGGUACGUUCCACAACAAAUAAAUCCUGGGUAUAAAUUUAAACCGUUCAUUCCCGAAUUUAUACCAGCUGUAGGAGACAUUGAUGCUUUCUUAAAAAUUUAUCCACCAGAAACUACUAUUGAUGACGAGCCUUGUAAAGAAAAAUUCGAACACUUGGGAUUAACCGUUUUGGAUGAGCCUGCUAGUAACCAAAGUGAUCCUGCAGUACUAUAUCUGCAGCUUAAGGCGGCGUCAGGAAAGGCUGGAAGGAAAAAUGAUGAAAAUGUGGUUGUAAAGAAGAUAGAAAAUAUCGAAAAGAGUUCAAAAACUAUUGAAAAAUGGAUAAAAGACAUAUCUGAUUUACAUAAAAGCAAAUCUUCUGUUGUUGUUCGUUACUCUGAACCAAUGCCUGAUUUAGACGACCUCAUGCAGGAAUGGCCUGAAGAGGUGGAAGCAGAUCUUAAGAAACACGGUUUUCCUAAUCCAGAUAACAAAUCCUUGCAAGAUUACAUUAAAACCGUCUGUGGUACAUUCCAGAUACCUUUGGCGAAAAAGAAAGUACAAUCAUUGUAUCUAUUAUUUUGUUUGUAUGGGGCUAUCAAGCAAACCCAACUGUAUAAGACGACAUCCAAUGGAAACGACAAAGUCACUGACAGUAAAGAAGCUGACCAAUUAGUUCUAGAAUAAAUUUUUUAUUAAAUUAUUAUGUACAAUAUAAAAUUUUAAUAUUAAUGAAUAAAAAUUUAAAUGUUC